AAACUUUAAUGAAAAUCAACACCUUAGAAUUAGUUAUUUUAGUUUUAGUAUCAACAUAUAUAAGCAACGUAUUGACACAGAUAGUUAUAUCAAUACCUAUUAUAGUACAACUGACAACAACAUCGACGAUAAUCACUCCAAUAUCUACAACAAUCCAAACUACAGUAACUCUAUUCAAACCAUUGGAAACACCAAUUAUAGCAACUCCAGAUCCCAACAAUUCUGCUAACAACAAUAAUAGCCUUUUAACUAUUAUUGAAAUAUUAGGAACCACAUUAACCAUAUUGACUACUAUUGUAACUAUAUUAAUAUUCUUAUCUAGACCUACUGAGCAACAAGCAACACCUUUUACAAGACCACCAGCCAGAACACUUAAUCAAGAACAAGUUCAAAGUUUAGCCAACAAUAUAAGAGACAACCAACGCAACAAUAGACAAUUCCAAGGAAUAGGAACCAGAUUAUCACAACAACCUCAAUUAACCAGACGAAUAAGACAAGGCAAAUUUAAACGAGAUACAGAAAACCAACCUUAUUAUUUAUACCAAACAGUAGAUGGAAUACUUGAAGAACUGGAAGAAUUAAAAAAGAAGCAAAAUCAAACUGAAAAACAAGAAACAGAAUAUAAAUAUAUAGAAUUAUCAAAAGAAGAAGAA